AUGGAAGACAUCCCAGUAUCCACGUUGGGACUGCACACUCUCUACCGUCCGAACAAGGGCAUAAAGCCUGCACUCGAUAUUGUUGCGGUUCACGGUCUCGGAGGAGACUCAAUCUCAACGUGGACGGACGGCGAUGUCAUGUGGCUCAGUGAUCUGUUGCCCCAGAGCCCUGACUACAAGAAGUCGCGUAUCAUGACAUUUGGUUAUGAUGCCACUGCGUUUACGAAACCAUUCUCCAAGACCACCACUGGUAGAACCUUCACGUUUGCCGAAGCCCUCCUGAGCGAUCUAUCCGAUGAGCGUGAGCUGGAUGAUGUAUGA